CAGCCAUGGCACCCAUCCCGAAGCAGAACCGCUUGACUGAAGAGCCGGCUUUCAAGAAAUUGCAGAAUUAUUAUAACAAGAAUGGCACUAAUAUUAACAUGCGAGAGAUGUUCAGUGCUGACGCUGACCGCUUCAACAAGUACAGCAUCACUCUGAACAGCAAGGAUGGGGAUCUGUUGGUGGACUACAGUAAGAAUCUAAUCAAUGAUGAUGUUCUUGCUCUUCUCUACUCUCUUGGGAAGGCCAGGCAUGUAGAGGAGGCGAGAGAUGCCAUGUUCAGCGGAGAAAAGAUCAACUUCACGGAGAGUCGUGCGGUUCUGCAUGUAGCCCUGAGGAACAGGAGUAAUACACCCAUCGUCGUCGACGGACAUGAUGUGAUGCCUGGUGUCAACAAGGUGCUGAGUCAGAUGCGUGAGUUCACAGACAGUGUGAGGAACGGUACCUGGCUAGGAUUCACUGGCAAGCGCGUCACCGACGUCAUCAACAUCGGCAUCGGUGGCUCUGACUUGGGACCAUACAUGAUUACUGAAGCCCUGAAGCCAUGCUCGGCUGGUGGUCCGCGGGUGCACUUUGUGUCCAACAUUGAUGGCACCCACAUCGCAGAGACGUUGAAGAAGCUCCACCCGGACAGCUGUCUGUUCAUCGUCGCGUCUAAGACUUUCACCACGCAGGAGACAAUAACUAACGCCGUCACUGCCAAGCAGUGGCUGCUUGCUGCCCACAAAGAUGAGUCUGCUGUGGCUAAGCACUUUGUGGCACUAUCGACAAAUGCAGCCAAGGUGAAGGACUUUGGAAUCGACGAAAAGAACAUGUUUGAGUUUUGGGACUGGGUUGGUGGUCGUUACUCACUGUGGUCAGCCAUAGGAAUGGCUAUUGCACUUAACAUUGGACAGGACAAUUUUGAGGAGCUUUUGGCUGGUGGCCACGCGAUGGAUGAGCAUUUCAAGACAGCACCACUGGAGAAAAACAUCCCCAUCCUUCUAGCCUUGCUAGGCGUGUGGUACAGCAACUUCUAUGGUGCCGAGAGUCAUGCCCUGCUUCCAUAUGACCAGUACAUGCACAGGUUUGCAGCCUACUUCCAGCAGGGAGACAUGGAGAGCAACGGAAAGUAUGUGACACGCAGUGGUGACCGCGUCAACUAUAAAACUGGGCCGAUCAUAUGGGGCGAGCCAGGAACUAAUGGACAACAUGCCUUCUACCAACUUAUUCACCAAGGUACACGACUUAUUCCAGCUGACUUUUUGGCCCCAGUUAACUCCCAAAACUCGAUUAGGGAAGGCCUGCAUCACCAGAUUCUCCUGGCAAACUUCCUUGCACAGACAGAGGCACUGAUGCUGGGGAAGACUAAGAAGGUAGCUGAGGCAGAACUGAAGAAGGCUGGCAUGCCAGAUGAGAAACUAUACCACAUCUUGCCCCACAAGGUAUUUGAAGGCAACAGGCCAACCAACUCGAUCCUGUUCAAUCAACUGACACCAUAUACUCUUGGUCUACUCGUUGCGAUGUAUGAGCACAAGAUCUUCACACAGGGUGUCAUCUGGGACAUCAACUCCUAUGAUCAGUGGGGCGUUGAGCUUGGCAAAGAACUGGCCAAAGCCAUUGAGCCACAGCUGGCUGGAGGUAACCCUGUCACUAACCACGAUGGCUCGACCAACGGCCUGAUCAACUUCAUCAAGUCACAUCGCAAGUAAUGAGGAUAGACCUGUUACUUGAAUGCAUGCCGAGAUCGUUGCCGGACCAAGUGCUUAACUGUUUGCUAUUGCCUGUAAAGACUGGUGUAGGAAUGAGCAAUAGUGAAGUCAUAUCCAUGAAACGAUAAUAACCAUAAACGUAAGACAUAAGUAUGUGUUAGAGUUAUUACAAGAUUAAUGUAGGACUCUCUAGUCGUCUGCAUUGAUUGCUAAAUGCACUAGUUAUCUGUGCAAGAGUCAGCGUAGAAUGCGUUAAAUUUGCUUAUUUGUUUGGCAGCUAGAUACACAAGUACACUACUUGUACAGCCAAUUCAGUGACUGAAUUUAUUUAAAAAUUAUGAAAUUGUAUCUUCUAAAACCUUAGUCAUGUGUUUGCAGUUUAAAAGUACUAAUACACAGAUAUAAGCAAUUGUUACCGGUGAUAGUACUGUUGCAGUGCAAAUAUGUGUGCCUAAUAUUUACCAAAAGGAAUCAACUGUCAAAUUGUCUAGGGAAUUCUAUUUUAGACUAGGUCUUGUGAUUUCAGCAUUGGUUAUUUUUGAAUGUGCGUGGGAAUGUGUUUAAUUUGAAGUAUAACCAUUAUUGAAUGUAUGCUUGCUUUAAAUUACUGCUGUCUUCAAGAACACCAGCAAGUGAAUUCUCAUUAAGCUCUGUUGUUUUAUAUAAUAUAUAUUCAGCUGGUUAUACUAUAUGCACUAAUGGUAGGAGUAAAAAAAUGUUGCAAUUCA